UCCUCCAAGGAAGCUGCCUGGGAUGGUUUUUGUUAUUUGUAGGAAUCUCUCUCCUGCAGGAUCCACCCAAGUCUCCACCCAGGCAUCUCCUGGAUUCUCAAGAGCUCCUCUGACAGUGCCCCAAGAUCCUGGUACCAGCCCCAGACUCUUGCACAGAAGCUACCGGAGAAGACUUUUUUCUUCUGCAGGAAGCUUUGACCUCUAGAACGCACCGAGACUCUUCCCAGACUCUGCUGCAGCUGUUUGAGCUCUGCUUUCACUGUCUGAGAUCCCAGCUGGCUGCCCCAGACUCCUCCAAGGCAGCUACCCAAGAUGACUUUUCUCAUGCUAGAAGCUCGCUUCUCUGGGAAGAACCCAAACCUCCUCCCAGGAACCUGCUGGAGUAUUUUGACCUCUGCUUUAGGGACAGAAGAUGCUGGGUGGCAGCCUCAGACUCUUCCAAUGAAUCUCCCCGAGGUGAUUUUUCUUUCUGAGUGGAAACUCUGUCCUGCAGGAUCCACCCAAGACUCCUCCCAGGUACUCGCACAGUCACCUCACUUCCUAUAGGAAGCUGAGGCCCCAGGUGGAAGCCCCAGACUCCUCCAGUGAAGCCACCUGACAUGAUUUUUCCCUUUUGGAGAAAACUGCUGCAUCUGGGAUCUACCAGAGACUCCUCCUGCUCUGGUCCUGUCUGAUCCCUGCCCCACAGUGUGUCCCCAGCACAUGUCCCUGUGCCACCGCAGCCCUGGGCCAGGCACCGUGCCCUGCGGUGAGGUCACAACGUCUGGGUUCUAUCUCCUCCUCCUGGGGCUGCUGUUGCCUUGGUUUCUUGUGGAGUUUGAGGGAGGAGAACCUGUUAAGAGGAGAGCGUUGAUCUGGGAGAUCUGCAGCCACGAGGAGGAUGAGGGCGCUUCGAGCUCUCUGUCCAUGUGUGUGUCCCCCGUCCAGAGCCUCCAGUCCUGAGGGCAGAGACGGGGUGACGGGGACUGUCCCUGAGGCUGUCGACACCUUUGUGGCCAUUGGGACAUCUGGGCUGAAACAGCUGCAAGACCAUGAGGGCAACCGGGUGGACACAUACCGGGAGCUGGAGCAUGCCUUGCAGGGAGAGGAUGGCUGCUUGCCCGGUGGUGUUGUGAACCGCCUCAUAGCAGAGGCCUCGGGUGACCUGCGAGCAGCCCAGGGUGUGAUGGAUGAUGUGAAGAUGGCCGCCAGUGACUUCUUGGUGGCUCUGGCCCGCACCCACUUUUACUUCGUCAUGGCUGAGCUGCAGAGCCACCUGAAGGUGGUGGGGAAGGUCCCUGAUGAGGCUGUGCUCGUCACCUUGGGCAAGAUGGCUGGCAGCUAUGCCCUGCGCUGUGUCCCCUUCGCGGGAGCGACGCUGCUGGCCCUGCGCAGGACGCUGAGCCGGGCAGGGAGCGGCCGGACCCUGCGCAUCAUCUGCGGGGUUCUGGAGCGAUGGUCCAAGGGCAUCACCAUGUACUUGUGCAGCCAGAAACGACACCCCUUUCCUCAGAGCAGGGCAGCACAGCUCUGUGGAGACCUUUACCCGCUCUUCCAUCACGCAGUGGUAAAUUGGCUGGGCUGCAAGGAGGAACAGGAUAAUCGGGCGGUCCUGGGUGCGGUGGCUGCCAUGGUUGGUGUCCUUGUGUGUGAGGAGCGGCACUGCCAGCGUGCCCGGGAGCAGCUCCUCCGGCUCCUGCGCCAGCACCAGCGGGUCCAGGACACCUCCCGGGUCACCAAGAACCUCGGCCACGUACUGCAGAUGCUGGGGGGAGGUCAGACCCCAACCCCACGGGGCUCAGCUCUCGCCCCCCACACCGCUGGGCACCACCAGGUCCCUGAUGUGACUGAGGAGCCUGGGCCAGCCCAUAAGGCGAAGCCAUCCCGCCCCAUGACGCUGCAGGCCCGAACCUGCCCCGCAGCUGUUCUGCGGUCCCAGCUGAGGCACGGGAGCGAGGCCCAGCGUGUGGCAACCCUGAGCCUGCUGGGAGAGCUGGCCCGCUCUGACGCUCCUGUAGCAAGGAAGAAGCUGCCCCAGGUGGUGGCAGCUGUGCAGCUGGUGUGCAACGACCCCAGCGCCCAGGUGCGGAGGGCAGUUCUGGAGUUCAUCCGGGAAUUGCUGAGCUCCGGCUCCCAGAGCUGCUGGCCAUGGGAUGUGGUGGGGCACAUCUUCAGCGAGUACAGCCGGAGCUCGGGCAGACUGGCGGCAGGAGGCCUUUUUGCCUGGGAGCCCCAGGAGGACAGAGCUCUUCAGUCCCUGUGCGUGGACAUCCUGGGCUCGCUGGAUGUCACUCGGAGAGGGAUGUCCCAGCUCCUGUGGCCCAGGCUGCUGCAGUACGUGGUGCCAGCCCAGUACAGCGGCGUGCUGAUCCCGCUGUCCCGCGGCCUGCGAGCCCUGCUGGAGAGACGGGAGAGAGCGGGAUGUGAGGAAGAGGAGGAGCCCGAUGCUGUGGACUCCCAGGAGCAAGGACCCGUCUCUGCUGCCCUCGCCCAGGUGCUGGUGGCGGCUCCUCACACCAGCAGCGGCCGCGCAGUCGCUGCCUUGCAGCUGCUGCAGGCCCUGCAGGGCUGGAUCUGCGGGGCCUUGGGGACAGCGUGGGCCACCGAGAUCCCCCUCCUGCUGCAGCACCUGGCAGGAAGAGCCGAGAGCUCCCUGGACUCUGCAGAGUGGGAGCAGCAUGUGCUUAAGUUCUUGCGAGCAUCCCUGAAGCUCAUUGAGGAUGAGACCUGGAGCGUGGGCCUGAGCCAGCAGCUGAGCCGGCAGCUGGGCAGCUCUGCCCCCGGCUCCUGGCAGAAGCUUUUCCUCUACAAGGCUCUCGGGACAGCGCUGGCAGGUUGUCGGGACCUCAGCCACGUCCAAGGGCAGGUGCUGAGGUUCCUCCAGGACACAGACUCUGCGGAGCUCUCUGAGACCCAGGGGAUGAUUUCUGUGGUGUCCCAUGCUGCUGAGACCCACUUCAACCUGGUCUUGGACACAGUGACCGCUUUUACCAGAGACAGGUUUUAUGAGACUUCCACGGGCUGGAAGGCACAGCUGCCGCAGGGCACAGAGAGACCUCAGGCCACUCGUGCUGCUCUGAUGUGCGUGUACAGCGGCAUCGCUCUGCGUGCCCCCAGGGAGCAGCUGCUCGCCCGUGUGGAUAGGGAGAUCAUGGGCACCAUCCUGCAGCUCUCCAGAGUCACACAGAGGGAGAUGCAGCUCAAGCUCGCCCUGGUGCAGAGUGUCACUGAGGUCAGCUCUGCCAUCCAGACUGUGGGUGAUGCUGGCAGCUUUGAGCUGUCCUCGAAGCAGGAGGUGACACAGACCCUGCUGGACUGGAUCAAGGAGGAGCCUGCGGACUCCCUGGUGUAUGGAGUGUUUCAGGCCCUGGAGGAGUUGAGCAAGCUGAGGCCAGCGCUGAGCGGGGAGGAGAACCGCAGCCUGCUGGCAGUGUGCUGCCAGGCUGUCCUGUCCUCUCCUUCCUUCCUCUUAAAUGGGGAAAACAUCUGUGAAGCUCCUGCUAGAACAGCUGCAGAGUGGUGA